AUUCUAAGCAAGUAUGACCCAGAUCUUGCUGCAGAAGUAUUGGAAUGGAUCAGGGCUGUGACUGGGGAGAAUAUCAAUGUUUCUGGAGACCCAGACAACUUUUUUGAACUCCUUAGGAAUGGGACUCUACUUUGCAGGUUGGCCAACACAAUGAAACCAGGCACAGUAAAGAAGAUCAAUACCAGCCAGAUGGCAUUCAAGUGCAUGGAAAACAUCAAUGAAUUCCUUGAAUCAGCUCGUCAGAUGGGAGUCCCAAGCCAGGAACUUUUCCAGACCGUGGACCUGUGGGAGAAGCAGAACCUGAAUGCUGUUGUCACCUGUCUGCAGAGCUUGGGUCGUAAGGCACACAACUUCAACCAGCCUUGCAUUGGACCCAAGGAGGCUGAGAAGAAUGUGCGCCAAUUUUCUGAUGAGCAGCUGCGUGCCAGCGAA